AUCUUGGCCGUAGGUUUUAUUGCGGUUUCCAUUUUAUAUGCCUUAAGAAAUUUACUGAGAGAAACAAGGCCUGAAAUAGCGACGAUAAGUAUUUUAUGUUUUGGUGACUCGCUCACUGCGGGCAGUAUGGACACGAGUUAUAAACAUCAUCCUUAUUCUACAAAACUACAAGAGUACUUAAACGUUCGCGACCGUGGAAUGCUGGAUGAAACCGUACAACCAGUCUACAAAGUUUUCCCCGCAGGAUUACCAGGCGAGAGAGCGAAAGAUCAGAUGUUACCGCGUUUGAAACAUCUUCUUCACGAUUCAAAAAUAACUUACAACUGGGUGAUCAUCCUUGGAGGAACAAACGACUUAAAAAGAUAUAAAGACAAUUCUUCCUUCGACUUUGACGAUGCACUGUCUAUUUUUAACGCACUAGCGAAACUUCAUAACAUAUCUCAUACAUUUGGAGCGAGGUCAGUAGCUGUCUCUAUUCCAGAAGUAGAAUGCGAGAUAUCAGAUUAUUAUAGAUUAUAG